UCAAUAAAUUUGACAUUUGUAAAUAAUAUUUAUAUCUAUUUGUAUAAUCUAAUUUGUAUAAUAAAAAUGGUUAAAGAACAAUUUAGAGAAACCGAUGUCGCUCGAAAAAUAUCACAUGUAUCCUUUGGGGUGGAUACCCCUUACAACAUGGAAAGACAGGCUCAUCUCCAGGUUGUUUCAAACAAUGUUUACAAUGCAACAGAUCAUAGUCCUGAACAAUAUGGUGUUCUUGACAAUCGUAUGGGUACAAGUUCUAAUGCAACUAACUGUACAACCUGUGGGAAAUCAUUGAACGAUUGCAUUGGUCAUUUCGGAUACAUUGAUUUGGUAUUACCAGUUUUUCAUGUUGGUUAUUUUAGAGCUGUUAUUAAUAUUCUUCAAAGUGUUUGUAAGAAAUGUUCCCAUGUAAUGUUGUCUAAAGCAGAUAAAUCAUAUUAUCGGCCUAAAGUUGUUAAUCCUAAUUUGGGAUAUCUUGCACGUAAAGCUUUAAGAAAACAGAUUUUAUUAAAAGCAAAAAAGACAACAAUAUGCCAAAAUUGUGGAGAACUCAAUGGUACUGUGAAAAAAGCUGGGCUACUUAAAAUAGUUCAUGAGAAAUUUAAAGCGAAGAAAAAAACUGAUCCUAUUGUUGCGGAUAAAAUAAACGAGUACAACCAUGUAGUUGAAAAUAAUAAAGAAAUAGAUGGGAUACUUCAAAGUGGAAUGGGCGAUAUUUUAACUCCUACAGAAGUUCAAAAAAUUUUGGCAGAAAUACCAAAAGACGAUAUUCCUUUCUUAUUAAUGAAUUAUGAAUGUGCUUCACCAGAAGAUUUGAUUCUAUCAAGAAUACCUGUACCACCAAUUUGCAUUAGACCAAGUGUUGUAUCUGAUUUAAAAGCAGGAACUAACGAAGAUCAUCUUACUAUGAAAUUAUCUGAAAUUAUUUUUAUUAAUUCUUCUCUUGCAACACAUAGUAUACAUGGUGCUAAUUGGUCAACAAUCAAUGACGAUUAUGAAUAUUUACAAUUACAUUGUGCUCUUUAUAUUAAUAGUGAAAUGUCAGGAAUACCAUUGCAGAUGCAACCAUUGAAGCCAUGUAAAGGAUUAGUUCAAAGAUUAAAAGGAAAACAGGGACGUUUUCGUGGUAAUUUAUCUGGAAAACGUGUGGAUUUUUCUAGUCGUACGGUGAUAUCACCAGAUCCUAAUUUAAAAAUAGAACAAGUAGGUGUACCUGUUCACAUUGCAAAGAUAUUAACGUAUCCAGAAAAAGUGAAUCCAUCGAAUAUAGAAUUAAUGCGACAAUUAGUUAGAAAUGGGCCCGAUGUACAUCCUGGUGCAAAUUUUGUACAGCAAGGAAAGACUCAAUUCAAAAAAUAUCUUCGCUACGGUAAUCGUCAGAAAAUAGCUCAAGAUCUACAAUUUGGAGAUAUUGUUGAAAGACAUCUUAGGAAUGACGAUGUAGUUUUAUUCAACCGGCAACCCUCAUUGCAUAAGUUGAGUAUAAUGGCGCAUAAAGCUAAAGUAUUGGAGCACAGAACAUUCAGAUUUAAUGAAUGUGUCUGUACUCCUUAUAAUGCUGAUUUUGAUGGAGACGAAAUGAAUUUACAUUUACCUCAAACAGAAGAAGCAAGAGCAGAAGCUUUAAUACUAAUGGGGAAUAAAUCUAAUUUGGUUACACCUCGGAAUGGAGAACUACUAAUAGCAGCAACACAAGACUUCAUUACUGGUGGAUAUCUUCUAACAAGUCCAAGUACUUUUUUAAAUAAAGUACAAGCAUAUCGAUUGGCAAGUUGCCUAUUAGCAGAUACAGAUGUUAAUAUGCAUAUAGACUUUCCUGAACCUACAAUUUUAAAACCAAUAGAAUGCUGGACUGGUAAACAAAUCUUUGAUUUAAUUCUGCGUCCCAAUAAAAUGUGUCCAGUGAAAGCAAAUUUAAGAGGAAAAUUUAAAAAUCAUACUAAGGACGAAGAACUAUGUGUCAAGAGUGCAUAUGGUGUUAUUCGCAACUCACAGCUGUUAGCAGGUGCUCUAGAUAAAUCUGUAUUAGGAUCUGGUUCAAAACAAAAUAUUUUUUAUACCCUCUAUUGUGAUUGGGGUGAAGAUGUUGCUACAACAGCAAUGUGGAGAUUAGGUAGAUUAGCAAGUGUUUAUCUUAUGAACAAAGGUUUCUCUAUUGGUAUUGGAGAUGUUACUCCAAGUGAUGGUCUUCUUAAAGCAAAACAUAAACUUUUAGAUGAUGGUUAUCUUAAGUGUACAGAAUAUAUUCAACGAUUGAAAGAAGGACGUCUUACUUGUCAACCUGGUUCUACAGAAGAAGAAACUUUAGAAGCAAUGAUAUUAAAAGAGCUUUCUGGUAUUCGUGAUCUUGCUGGUAAAGCUUGUGUAGAUGAACUUCGUCCAACUAAUAGUCCAUUAAUUAUGGCAAUAUCUGGCAGUAAGGGUAGCUUUAUCAAUAUUUCACAAAUGAUAGCUUGUGUUGGUCAACAAGCUAUUAGUGGCCAUAGAGUUCCAAAUGGUUUCGAAGAUCGAGCCUUACCUCAUUUUGAAAGAGGAUCUAAAGUUCCAGAAGCCAAAGGUUUUGUCGAGAAUUCCUUUUUCUCUGGUCUCACUCCUACUGAAUUCUUUUUCCACACAAUGGGUGGUCGAGAAGGUCUUGUAGAUACAGCUGUAAAAACUGCUGAAACCGGAUAUAUGCAAAGAAGAUUAGUCAAGAGUUUAGAAGACUUGUGCCUUCAAUAUGACUUAACAGUACGAAAUGCAGUAGGAGAUAUAGUGCAAGAAAUUUAUGGCGGUGAUGCAUUAGAUCCAACAUAUAUGGAAGGAAACGAUUGUCCAGUUGAUUUCCAAAGGGUUCUUGAACAUGUAAAAGCUAAAUCCCCAUAUAAAGAGGAAGAUGCAUUAGAUGGUCGCAGUGUGGAGAAAGGUACGGAGGAAUUGUUGAAAUCAGAAGAGUAUCAAUGCAUAAGUGACGAAUUUAAACAGGAAUUAAACACAUUCCUGAAAUCUGUUGCAAACAAAAUAAGUAAUUUUCGAGAAAAUAUUAAAGUAAUGACGCCUGUUUUGUCACAUGUUGAGCGAUUAACUGUAUCUCAAUUAGUGGAAUUCAUUCACACUUGUAAAGAAAAAUAUAUGAAAGCUAAGAUUGAACCAGGCACUGCGGUAGGUGCAUUGGCAGCGCAAAGUAUUGGAGAACCAGGAACACAGUUAACAUUGAAAACGUUCCAUUUUGCUGGAGUUGCUUCGAUGAAUAUUACACAGGGUGUACCACGUAUUAAGGAAAUUAUAAAUGCAAAUCCAAAAAUUAGUACUCCUCUUGUUAAAGGAGCUUUAACGAAUGAUACGGAUCCUGAAUUUGCAAGACGCGUUAAAGGGAGAAUUGAAAAAACUACUUUGGGAGAAGUAACUCAAUACAUUGCAGAAGUUUAUAUGCGUGAUAAAUGUUAUCUCUUGAUUAAAUUAGAUCUAGAUAGAAUAAAGUUAUUACAAUUAGAAGUAGAUGCUAAUUCCAUACGUUAUUCAAUAUGUACAUCAAAAUUAAAAUUAAAUCCACAAACUGUGAUCGUACAAAAUAAUUCUAUUAUCACUAUUAAUCCCAGUAAACAAAAAUUAAGUUUAAAUUGUGCAAUUACUCAUUUAAAAGAAGCAGUCCUUAACGUAGUAAUUAAGGGACUACCAUCGGUAUCAAGAGUUAUAAUAGUAAAUAAUGAUUCACAAGGUAAAGAUAAAUACGAAUUUUUCGUCGAAGGAGACAAUAUGAGAGAAGUAAUGGCAAUACCUGGAGUUGUAGGCAAACAUACUACAUCUAAUAAUACGAUUGAAGUAUUUAAAACAUUGGGUAUUGAAGCAGCAAGAAAAACUAUUAUGAAUGAAAUCAAGGCAGUAAUGCAGAAUCACGGAAUGAGCAUUGACAGACGUCAUGCAAUGCUUGUUGCAGAUUUAAUGACAAGUAGGGGCGAAGUACUUGGUAUUACGAGACAGGGUUUAGCAAAGAUUAAAGAAUCUGUUUUAAAUUUAGCAUCGUUUGAAAAAACGGCAGAUCAUUUAUUCGACGCAGCUUACUAUGGGCAAAAAGAUAUCAUUUGUGGUGUAUCGGAAUCCAUUAUAAUGGGAAUACCAGCCCCAGUAGGAACCGGAAUUUUUAAACUACUACACAAAGCUGAUAAAGAAAAACCAAAAAAACGAGAGCUAAUAUUCGAUGACGCCAAAUUUCAUAAGAAGGAUAAUUAAUAAUGUAAAUUGUUACGUUUUUUUAAUAAA